AUGCUUUGGGAUGAGAAGGAAGGGGAAGUUGUGAGUUUCCGAAAGAAAAAGAUCACUUUGGGAGAGUUCCCUUAUUGGCCCGGAAGUGACCCAGCCGAGGACCCUCCGGCAGCCUUCCUCGGAGUCCACGAGGGCGCCGGAAUGGUGCCCAGCGCCAUCAGCAAAGCUCUACAGCUGGCUGUACGGGCCUCGCAUGGCCACGUGCAAGCGCUGAGCGCCGCCCGAGAUGAGGCAGCAGCCAAGAAGGCCCAGCACGAGACCGCCCGAGCCAAGAAGAUGGCCCUCUUGGAGGAUGCAAAAAGCCAGGCCCUAGCCGUCGAGGAGGAGGAGCAGAAGAGUCGUGAAGUGAUGGUCAGCCUCGACAAGGCCAUUGCAGCGCAUACGCUGCACUCGGGCGACUUGGACAAAGCCCUGGAGUUGUGGAACCAGCUCAGCUCAGAAUUGGAAGUUCUUCAAAAAGGUGUCGAAGCCCAGGAGGAGGCAAUGACUCAAAGCAUCGAAGCCAUGAAGUCCAAGCUGGAAAAUGCCAAGAAGGCCGCAGAGGAGAAGCGUGUGGAGCGCGAUGCUGCGGAGCAGGAUAUGAUGCAGAAGAAGGAUAAGGCCCUGGCCUCUGGGAAGCUGAAAAAAGAGACGGAAGAGCAGCAGGUGGAAGCUGAGAAGAGAGCAAAAAAAGCACAGGAGGAGCUCUCAGCCAUCCAGGCAAGGGUGGAAGAGGCCCUGGACGAGGCUAUGAAGGCCCAUUUGGAGGAGGCUGAGGCCGGUGACCAGGUCGCCGAAGCCCAGCGCAAGCACGACAAGGGCGCAGAGAGCUUGAGACUGCUCCGAAAACUGAAGGAGGCUGUGGAGGAAUUCUUCGACGCCAUGGAUGCGCUGGACGCAAGCAUGAUGAGUGGCACGGGCGUCGCUUAUGAGCGCAUCCUCACCGACACAAACCUGGCUCCGGCUCUUACCAAAUAUAACCUCAUGGUAGUGGCCUUUACGGAUGUCUUCAGCUUUGACGACGCAACCUUCAGGAAGGUAGAGCCUGCGAUUCCACAGAUCGUCCUGGACACUAAAGCUGCUAUGGAGCUGGCCUGUGACCCCACGAAGGAGUUGGGACAGAGCAUGGCGGAGAGCCCGGAAUUAGAGGAGAAGUGUUGGACGAACCUCUGGCGCAAGCUUGCAAUCAACGAACUUCCGUUCCCGGGUCAGAGUUCCAGCACAGCAGCGGCUUCAGGGGCUGCUGACAACCAGGUGCAGGACGCCCCAGCUGUCGAGGAGAGCGCCAGCAUCAAGGCCAGAGAGAUGUCAAAGACGGAACCAGCAACCACAACCAUUGAUGUAGCCGACCUCACGAACUCCAUGGCGGUCCCGGCUCAAGACAUGGCCGGAAACAUGAAUGAGGAGCAGCUAGAGCCUUCCACUGCUGACUUGAAGGCAGAGGCAGAAGCUGCGACUACAACGACCGAGGACUUGACGAAGCUCCUGAACGAGGAUGAGACCGACGCAGCCAGCAAAAUGACCCAGGGUGGGGACUCCAUGCCACUUCAGGAAGACUCGGGCGAGCCGUUGAGGGAGGAGAUUGCCAAGGCACUGGACGCAGCACCAGAGACUCCACAGACCAGCGCGGCGUCAACUACAGCGGAGGACUCAGUGAUUCCACUCAAGGAGGAGGUCCCCGAAGAUACCGAAGCUUCUGCAGAAGUCAGUGCGACAUCCACUACAGCCGAGGACGUUGCCGAGCUUCUGGGCGAGGAUGCAGCGAUGUCACCCAAGGUAGAUCUUGCCAAGACAACAGAAGCCACUCCAGAGGCGAGCGCCGCAUCAACAACAGGUGAGAAUCUGGCCGAACUUCUUGGGGAGGACAAGGACGGAAUGGCCAGCCUGAAGUCAGACAUCACAGAGAAGAUGCCUGAAGUUGAAGCUGCAGCGUCAACAACAACUGCUGUCACAGACAGCAAGGAUGAAAAUGCCGUAGUGGACGCGGAGUUAAACGUAGAUGAGGCUUUGGUGGAGACUUCUGCCUUGGACUAG